AUGGAUUCGACACAUGAUUAUCACUUUUUGGAUUAUUUUAAGAAGAAGAGGGUUAAAUUAACUUUGACAAACUGCUCUUCGUAUUUUGGGACAGUGCAGCGAAUAAACCUUAACAGAACAGUCAUUUUGGAAGAAGUUGUAGAUGCUGAAUCUGGAAGGAACCUGCAAGGAGUUAAACUUUUUUUUGGACAUGAAAUCCAAAAUGUGGAGUUCCCUUUUACCAAGGACCACAGUGGAAGGAGGUGCUCCACAUCUGGUGAUUAUCGAGUCAGCCCAGCAGAGCGAGACUCGGACGUGCCCUGCAGAAUCAAGGAGGGGCAGCUGACCGUAGCUGAGUUUCAGCCCUACAGAAAGAGUAUGGAUGACGAAGAGGAAAAUGUCGACUUUGUGGUUAUAGAUCAGUUUCAAGAGAAAUUUGGACCUGCCAUCAUUCACAUUCAGAAUCAGCGAGUGAUUGGAGUUGGGGUUGAUGGGGUUGGCUUCUCUCAACAUGAAAGGGUCUGCUGGAUGCAGAUCUCUACAAAGAAUCAGAUUUAUCUGUUUGACAUUCUGCUGCUCGGGGCACGAGCAUUUAAGAAUGGGCUGACAAGGAUUCUGGAAGAUAGCAACAUAUUAAAGGUGAUCCAUGAUUGUCGAGGUAUCUCAGGCUGUUUGUACCAUCAAUACGCAGUUAACCUGGCCAACAUCUUUGAUACACAGGUUGCAGACGUGAUGCUCUUCCACAUGGAAACGGGUGGCUUCCUACCAGAGCGGGUCAGCACUCUUGAGGAGUGCAUUAUCCGCCACCUGAAAAUAGCCUCGUUCCGCCUCUCAUCCUUAAAGCUGAAAGCACAGCUAGCUGAGGAGAACAGUGAGGUGUGGUACAUGCGUCCUUCCCCGGUCUCUCUGCUGAGAGCGAUGGCCUUGUCAGUGAUUCAUCUGCAGCCCCUGCGCCUGGUCCUGCUGGACGCACUGAUGUCCGACUACAUCAGCCUGGUGGACACCUACCUGAGCGUGUUUCGGGAGGAACCUGUUGAUAUCCAAACAGGCAGUCAGAAUACCAGCCUUGAACUUCCCAAAGAGCUUCAGGAGCUGGAGUUCAUGCAGAAACAACGGCGAGAGUGGGCUCUGGAACACUACAAAGUGAACGAAGAUGGUCUCCUUGUCAGGUCUGACCCCAAACCUCUUAAGAAAUCUCCAGGGGGCAGUGCACAGCCUCUUAGUGUAGAUAGACCACAAAGCCAUGAACCCCCUGUUGUGGAAGCAGACGCAGAUGCUGAAAGCAUUGCAAGUCUGGCGGAGAAGGACCCAACUGAAAUACACAAGCCCAUGACGCAAAAGAAAAAUGAGCCCUCUGACCAGGAUCAGGGCGUUAGUUGUGUCUCCAAGAAAUCUGAGCAACCUGAAGUUGAGAUCAGUGAAGCUGCAGAUGAAUUUAAGGGGGCUACUGAAGCAAGCGGGUGGGAUUACGUCAACCUGGAACAGAGCUCCACUCAUACCCUAAAAUCAGGGAUUUCUGAAGGAUCCCCGAAAAGCAAAAAAUUCCAGUCUCCUGUGAAAGAUCCACUGACAGAUGCCCAUUUCAUCUCAAGAAGAUAGCAGACCAUUGGAGAUAGUAUGCUCUGGGAUUGCUGAGAUUUCUGAAGAGUCCCAUGGAGAUAAGAAACCCCAGGUCACCAGGGAGGAUGCACAGGCAGGGUUAACAGUUUCUUCUCUAGAAGAAAGCAGUUCAGAGGUGGUUGUGAGUCCAGGC